GCAAUGAAUAAUGUGACAGAAUUUAUCCUCUUGGGCCUGACUGAAAACCUGGAACUUCAGAAAGUUUCCUUUGUGGUGUUCUUAAUGGUCUAUCUGGUCACGUUGGCAGGAAACCUGCUCAUCAUGGUCACCAUCAGCACCAGUAGGACCCUGGGGUCCCCCAUGUAUUUCUUCUUGUCUUACUUAUCUCUCAUAGAUGGCUGCUGCUCUUCCUCCAUGACCCCCAAAAUGCUAGCUGACACACUCAGUGAGAAAAAAGUCAUCUCUUUCAGUGGGUGUAUGACUCAAGUCUUUGCUGAGCAUCUCUUUGGUGCUGCUGAGAUCAUCCUGCUCACAGUCAUGGCCUAUGACCGUUAUGUGGCCAUUUGCAAACCCCUGCACUACUCCACCAUCAUGAGUCAAAGGGUGUGCAACCUUCUUGUGGGAGUGGCCUGGGCUGGAGCCUUUGUCCAUGCCACCAUUCAGAUCCUCUUCACCAUCUGGCUGCCCUUCUGUGGUCCCAAUGUCAUCGAUCACUUCGUGUGUGAUUUGAAUCCCCUGUUGAAACUAGUCUGCAUGGACACUCAUACCCUCGGCCUCUUUGUGGCUGCCAACAGUGGGUUCAUCUGUUUAUUAAAUUUCCUCCUUUUGAUGGUCUCCUAUGUGGUCAUCUUGCAUUCCCUAAGGAACUAUAGCUUGGAGGGAAGGCACAAAGCUCUUUCCACCUGUGUCUCUCACAUCACCGUGGUCGUUUUAUUCUUUGUGCCAUGCAUAUUCGUAUACCUGCGCCCAGCAGUCACCUUCUCCAUUGAUAAAGCUGUGGCUGUGUUUUAUACAAUGAUAACUCCCAUGUUAAAUCCUCUAAUCUACACCCUCAGGAAUUCAGAGGUGAAAAAUGCUAUGAAGAUGUUCUGGGUCAAAAGGUGA